ACCAGUCCCUGAGGCUGGUCCUUUGGUCCUUGAGCUCUAGCUCUGGGCUGGAGGCAGGUGACAGGCCUCACCCAGGUGACAGGGGGUCGGGCGAACGCCGACGAGCCUCGUGGGGGACAAGACCUUGCUGCUGCCCUCGGUCCGUACCGCCCUCCUAGCCCUGCCCCGGGGUGGAACCAAAGAAAAGGUCAGGCCCGCCUGGCCCGCCUAUCCUCGCCCUCGAGCGGUCACUUCGAGUGACUCACUUUUAAAGUUGACUUCAGCCACGUGCAGCUUCCAUGGCUGCCUUGCAGGUCCCGGGGGAAAAGAUUAACAUUCAGGCGGGAGAGACCGCCAAGGCCGGGGAGAAGGACCCGCUGGAGAACGACUGGCCGGAGCAGGACAGGCUGCCCCAACGCUCCUGGAGGCAAAAAUGUGCCUCCUAUGUGUUGGCCCUGAGGCCCUGGAGCUUCAGUGCCUCACUCACCCCUGUGGCCCUGGGCAGUGCCCUAGCAUACAGAUCCCAGGGCGUCCUGGAUCCUAGGCUGUUGGUGGGUUGUGCGGUGGCUGUCCUAGCAGUGCACGGGGCUGGCAACUUGGUCAACACUUACUAUGACUUUUCCAAAGGCAUUGACCACAAAAAGAGUGAUGACAGGACCCUGGUGGACCGAAUUUUGGAGCCCCAGGAUGUUGUUCGGUUUGGAGUCUUCCUCUACACCUUGGGCUGCCUCUGUGCUGCCUGCCUCUACUACCUGUCCACUCUGAAACUGGAGCACCUGGCUCUCAUCUACUUUGGAGGACUAUCUGGCUCCUUUCUCUACACGGGAGGAAUUGGAUUCAAGUACGUGGCUCUGGGAGACCUUGUCAUCCUCAUCACUUUUGGCCCGCUGGCUGUGAUGUUCGCCUAUGCCGUUCAGGUGGGGUCCCUCGCCAUCUUCCCUCUGGUCUACGCCAUCCCUUUGGCCCUCAGCACUGAGGCCAUUCUCCAUUCCAACAACACCAGGGAUAUGGAAUCCGACCGGGAAGCUGGCAUCGUCACGCUGGCCAUCCUUAUUGGCCCCAUGCUGUCCUACGUGCUGUACAACACGCUGCUCUUCCUGCCCUACCUGAUCUUCAGCAUCCUGGCCACACACUGCAGCAUCAGCCUGGCCCUGCCCCUGCUCACCAUCCCCAUGGCCUUUUCCCUGGAGAGGCAGUUCCGCAGCCAGGCUUUCAGCAAGCUGCCCCAGAGGACAGCUAAGCUUAACCUCCUGCUGGGGCUUUUCUACGUCUUUGGCAUCAUCCUGGCACCAGCCGGCAGUCUGCCCAGACUUUGAGGGACCAGCAACUCCCCUUUCUUAGAAUAUGCUGAAGCCAGAGUCCCCGAGAAGAGAAUGUGACUUGGCACAGCGGGUAAUAAGCAUGGUCUCUGAGGUCCUACCUUAUUGUAUUAUGUUCUUAAAGAUAA